UUCUACAAAAACUAUCAACUUCAGAAAGACGUCAAAGUGCCCAUCCCUGGCCCCAGCGAAGUCUUAGUCCGCAUUUCAGCAGCUAGUUACUGCCACACUGAUUAUCAAGUGUAUGAAGGAGUAUUCUCAACCCAGCUUCCAGUGACCCCUUCACACGAAGCCUCAGGCACGGUUGUUAGUCUGGGCUCCCAAGUCCCGGAUGAAUGGAACGUUGGUGAUCGUGUUGGAGUCAUCAAUUUUAGAAACCCAUGCAAUGCUUGCGGUGGUUGUAAGUGGUCUACUAUAGUUAAUGGGGCCUUGGAUGCUCGUUAUUGUAGUAAUCGAUCCAUGUGUGGCAUCACUGGGUCCGACGGCGCAUUUGUCGAGUAUAUGAUCACGCCUCACUCGUCUUUGAUCCGGCUUCCUGCAGGACUAUCAUUCCAACAAGCAGCACCGUUGAUGUGUGCCGGCGCAACUGCAUGGAAUGCAGUCAAUGUCCUGGGUGCCAACAAGGGACACACCAUCGCCAUCCUGGGUAUCGGAGGCCUUGGAGUUUUGGCCAUGCAGUUUGCCAAAGCACGGGGAUACUAUGUUAUCGCCAUUGACAAUCAUACUGCGGGGUUGGAGCGGGCAGCACAAGUGCCGUUGCACCUUCGGCCGGAUCUUAUCGUUGAUUACAGCAGUCCGAACGCUGUCCAGGUUAUAAAUCAAUUCACAUACGGAUUAGGUGUCCAUGGUGCGAUCGGCUGCACAGAGGACAUCCCAGCCAACGACUGGAUAUUGCAUCAGCUUCAGCCCAGGGGGACUUGCGUGAUCCUCAGGCACCCGUCUUGCUGCUCUUGA